ACAUUUUAACAGAGAAUAAUAAUAAUAAUUAAGUAUGAGAGUAAAGAAAGGAACUAAACACUAUUUGAUCACUGAAUUAUGUUAUAAUAGUGGCUAUUCUAAAAAUUUGUUCAAUUAUCAUCUAGUUACCUCAGCGAUUAGUAUUACAUGCUAACUUAUUGAAAUGCCAUGUAUACGUGAUCCAUUUCCAUGGUGGUUACCAUUAGCCCUAUCAUGUUCCAUUGUAUUGAUCACAAUAUUCAUAGGUAUAUUUCGUUGGCUAUACAAAAUUUAUUCACGACAUAAACGUCUUAAAAUUAGAUCAUCACGACAAUUUAUACAAUAUAAACAAUUAUCACCUUUAUCCAUCGAUAAUCAACGUACUUUAAGUCUACAGAGUACAAACGAUGAUUUAACAGACGAUUAUCCAGGUUUAUUUGCCGAUCAUAAAGACGAUCAAGAAUUUGAUGAAUUUACUGAAUCUGAAGAAAAUAUUGAUUCAAUGCAUAAAAACUGUUCACCAAGUAGAUAUUUAAUAAGUUGUAAUAAGAAAUUACGUCGCAUUAAAACAAUCAAUAGUAAAAAACCUGAUAUAUCAACAUUACCGAUAAUUAAGAUUAAUGAUAUACAUCUGCCUCACCACCACCACCAUCAUCAACAACAACAACAGGAAGAACAAGAACAACAACCACAUAAACCGUUAUUACACAAGAGUAAUAGCGUGAAUUCGUCAAAAACACCUUUAUCUGAUUUACAAUCAUCUCCAUCCUGUUUGGAAACACAAAGUGAUACAACAUAUAUCAAUGAUUUUUUCACUGUAAAACCAACAAAUAAUCAUAUAUUACUUUCGGAAAAUUCAACUCCAUCUUAUUGGGAAGAAUCAAAUCGUUGCAAUUGGUUUGUUAAUUGGUUUAAGUAUACUCGUUUAGGUAUGUCAGCUAGACAACAAUUGAAUAUGAAAUUAUAUUGUGAACGAUUUACUACAGUCUCAUAUCCAGCUGGUAAAAUAAUGUUAACUAUCUAUAUUGUUCUCAGUACGGUCUCCUGGCUAUUUUAUGUAGUUGAAAAUAGAAAUAAUCCUCCUGUGAGUAUACGUGGUAUAUGCCAUACAUUACGUUCGAAAAUCCUCAGUUGGAUCAAUUUUGGUAUCAAUUUAUUCUGCUUGGGUUAUUAUAUUUUAAAGCUGUGUGCAGCUACUGAUCGGGUUCGUUUUGUUCUCAGUUUUUCUUCACUGAUCGAUAUAAUUUCAAUUCCACCGGCUUUAUGCAGUGUUUUCGAAACACAUCGUCAUAUUGACUUGAAUUUUCUUCGAUCAAUGUGCUUUUUGUAUUAUGUUGAUACGCUCACUUAUUUGGGUGUGAUAACAUCAAAUCAAGGAAUUCAGUCAGCUCGUAUCGUGUUCACAUUGUUCACCAUAUGGAUGGUUGGUAGUGGGAUUAUGCACGUGAUCGAACAUUUGGGAGAUUUUUGGUUGAAUGAAAAUCAUCGUGGUACAUGGAGUUACUUCGAGUCUUGUUAUUUUCUUUUAGUAACAUUAUCUACUGUUGGUUACGGUGAUUAUGUAACUCAUUCAACAUUGGGGAGAUUAUUUAUUUGUAUAUUUAUACCAGUUGCUAUGGGUGUUUCUGCAAGUUUUGUACCAGAGUUAUUUCGUAAUUUCAAUAACAACUAUACUAAUUCUUCGGAUCGAUAUGAACCAAUUUCAGGUGAACGACAUGUUAUCGUUUGCGGAAAUUUUGAUAACGAAAGCAUACGAGCUUUUAUCAAAGGUUUUCUUUACGGAUGUCAAGCCAAAGGACGUAUGAGAAUAAAUAUGGUACUUUUGAGACCAAUACCAUUAGAUUAUGCAUUGAAAGCAAUUCUUAGUCCAUAUCAUGCAUGGGUUCGAUAUUUUCUUGGUACACCGAAUAAUCCACACGAUUUAGCCAGAACUAAAUUAAAAGAAGCACGAGCAGCAUUCAUAUUAGCCACACCAAAUACAAAAUUUCGUGAUGAUGAAGACAGUGCAAAUAUAAUGCAAGCGAUUGCAAUAAAGGCUAGAAAAAAGAAUUUACGCGUUAUUUUGCAAUUACAUUAUUUUAGAAAUAAGUGUUUAAUGAAUAAUUUUCCACGUUGGACAUAUUUAGCCAACGAUAUGGUAGUUUGCAUGGAAGAACUAAAAUUAGGUUUAAUGGCGUACAAUUGUUUAGCACCAGGUUUCUCAACGUUGAUUGUAAAUCUUUUAAAUGCACAUGGAAGCAAACCAAGAAUAUUUGAAUAUGAACGUUGGAGGAUAGAAUAUGAGUAUGGAUUUCGAAUGCAACUACAUGAUGUCGGUAUUAGUCAUGAAUUUUCAAACCUAUUUAUUAGAGAUUUAGCUAUUUUUGUCUAUGAAAAGUGGAAUCUUAUUCUACUAGCCGUACGUAUCAAUGGGCUAGAAAAAUCUUCUAUACUUAUAAACCCAAUUGAAGUAAACUGUCCAGUGAAUAAUAAUUCAAUGCGCGCUAUAGUUAUAUCUAGUGAUUAUAGUUCUGCUUUAAACUUGCAGUAUUAUUGCGUAACAUGUGAAGGACACUUAAUUGGUCAACCAUGCAGAUGUAGUCGUCCUGUGUUAGAAAAAAGAAGAAAGAUAACAAUUGCUAGAGACUUAGCACUGUAUGAACAAAUUGGGAAAGCCAGAGAAAAUGCUGUUAAAGCUGAAACAUGGUCAUAUGAUACUAGAUCUACACACUUUUUUCGUCAUUCAUUUACUGCGACAUCACCUAAUUUAUUACAUGAUACAAGAAAUUUACUAUUUGAUCAACCUCGUGGGCGAAGUGAAACAAGAAAAAUGGACAUAAAUUCAAGAAAUUUAGGACUUCCAAAUAAUAUUCCAGCAAGGUGUAUGAAUUAUUCUCCAAUACGAACUCCAUCACAUUCAUCACAAGUAGAUCGUACUGGAUCAUUUCAUUGGGUACCAGAUAUACCCCUAACAAGGGCCACGUUGAGUCCAAAUCAAGCGGCAAGCCUGAAUUUUAGCAGACAUUUCCUUGUGUGUGUUGCUGGAAAAUCAACAAACGGUCCUCUUAAUCUGGAGAAUUUCAUCAUGCCACUACGAUUCCAUUGGCAGCGUGUUCGAGAUAUCGUGAUUCUAGGAGAUAGUCAUUUAAUUGGGCCGUUGGAAUGGGUGAAAUUAAAAAAUCUUCCAAGAAUAUUUAUCGUCGACGGUGAUCCAUGUAGUUUUAAUGACCUACACUCAGUACAUUUAUGUCAGUGUAAUGCUUGUGUAGUGCUUGGUUACAGUGCAGAAGAGCCUCAUUCACAAUGUGUUGAUCCAAGUCUUCAAGACAGAGUGACAUUAUUAUGCGCAAUGAAUAUUCGAUCAUUAUUACAAAAGGAACAACAUUUGGUCCAUUUAACAACAGAAUUACAUUAUGAAAAAAAUGCCUACUUAUUCAGUUCAGGUGACAUACAUGAAAAUGAUUACAAAUUACCAGUAUGGUUUAGUGAACCAUUUGCUCGGGGGAUUAUUUUUAGCAACACUUUACUAUAUAGUUGUUUGAGUUCUUUCUUUUACAAUGAUAAUAUAUUUCGUUUCCUUCGAGUUUUAAUUUCUGGACAGUCGACUGAUGAACUUGAAGCAUCAUUUUCUGUUGGAGCAGGUCUACAACAACAAGCAACACCACAGUCAGCUCGAAUGGCUGGAGUAAAAGUUUCUUUGAGGGGAUUUCGUCAUGCACCCUUCAAAUUCUUAACUCGAAUAUCACUUCGAGUGAGUGCUGUACAUUAGAGUAUACAUGCCAAAUGUAGUCCAGUACGACAUAUCAAGUGAAAAAUAUAAAUAUAUGGCAAUUAGGACUUGAAAUGAAAUCUUUCAUAAAUAUUAAAUUCAAAUAUCGAGCACUCAUUCACGAAAGAAACGGAAAAAUGAGCGAAAGUGCUGGGUAUGAAGUAAUUAGUGAACCUUGAAAACAAUGCGGAUAACCUCAGUUCAUUUUUUUACUAGAAUUCUAGCUGUGGUUUGUUGUGUAGAAGCAAAACUUUCUGCUUCACCAGGGAAAUACCUAUUAUAAUUCUAGAGCUGUACCUUAAUAUAGUAACCUUACAAUGAAAAUUAACUUUUUUUAUCUUUUCAAAUUUUGUUAGAGGCAUCUCAAAAAUGGUAAAUUUGUCUAAAUUUCGUCACAAAUGUCUUCAUUUUGGUGAAAAAUAUAUAUUAAUCAUGCACGGUACGACACUACAAGUAGUUGUAGGGACGACCCUCGGUGAAUUCAAGGAAGUCCUAAGAAGCUCAGAAAGAGCCGAAGACAAUCCAUCCAAUCGUCUUUUGGAAGAACAUUCCAGAACCUCGACGCGUAGCUUCCCAAUCGGACAAAUACUAAAAACCACAGCACGAGGAUUGGAUGACUGUAAUGAAGAUUUUAUUUUUACUAAAACCUAUAAAUGCCUGAGUAUUUUGUACCAUACUUAACACUGUUUGAAAUAAGAUUCCUCACGACUAGUCUUCUGAGUUGCGGCUUGGAAGGUUCAGGCAUUCAAGUACUGAAGUUGUGAGCGGUAUAGCAAAGAAAAUAUAAGUUCCAGAUAUAACAGUAGUAAGGUACACUAAGUAAGGAAAUGGACAGUAUAAAUUCGGAAAUUUUGCAUUAACUGCUGUCACAUACUUUGUUGCAUGUGGCAUCGUUUGCGCAAGAACACACUACGAAGUGGUGCCAAUGAGAGUAAGGAUAAAGAUAUCUGUUGCAACAAUCUAAAAUUAUACUUAGUGAAGUAAUUAAUGAGUGAAGAUUUGUAGUCCAGGUGGAUAGCUUUGGUAGUGUUCGGUUCUAUGAGCUAAAUGAUUUAAUUGACAAACUUCAUUGUCAUCACGGUCAACAUCAUCAGCGCCUACUUCAUGGAAAAGUGAGCUUCCGACUAUUUUACAAACAUGAAGUUAGUCCAUUAUGAUGACCUUGUUUGCUUCUGCUUACUUUCGAGAUUUUAUCAACUUUAAGUGUCUUUUUGUUCUUGUUGAUAUUUUUGGUCGGCUAAACUCUGACCAUAUGAUCGUUCGAUCUCACAAAUCGGAUCUGUUUCUGUGUCUGUCGGUUGAUGAGUGAUCUGAAUGCAGUGCUUCUGUAGGUUUCUUGAAGUUUCAUCGGUUGAUAAAUUUGGUAGUUUUUCAAAACUAUAUCCCUUGUUGUCUGUAUGCAAUAAACGAUAGCGUCUUGUUCUUUAUCACCACUGAUCUGUAUUUGUGUAUGAGUGUAGAAAACAUCUACUUUAUCCAACGUUUUGUCUUCUGCAAUUGUUUUUGUUGAAUUCGUAUACAAUGUUUCAGUUAUCUUCAUUCACUGUUGGGUAUGACAGUCUUCAUUGGAUGGAAUGUGAGUUGAUUGUGUUCGCUUGUUGGGGACAAUGAUUCUAGAAGGCCCCAAAAUCUUAGUGGUGACUCCUAUAACUUUUUUCAUUUAUGCUGUGAUGAUCUAGUUAUCGUUGGCGCUUAUGUUGUGGCAUGUCUAUCUGCUGAACAAAUUUGAUUACGUUUCGCGGGUGACUAUUGUUUAGGGAUACAGUAUGUCGAUUCACAGACAAAAGUCGACAAAUCAUUCGGUCAGAGGUUAACCGACCAAAAGUAUCAACAAGAACAAAAAGACACUUAAAGAUGAUAAAAUCUCGAAAGUAAGCAGAAGCAAACAAGGUCAUCAUAAUGGACUAACUUCAUGUUUGUAAAAUAGUCGGAAGCUCACUUUUCCAUGAAGUAGGCGCUGAUGAUGUUGACCGUGACGACAAUAAAGGUUGUCGAUUAAACCUUUUAGUUCAUAGAACCAAACACUACCAAAAACACUAACAAAGUCUAGGAAUUGACCAUGGCUUCGCAAAAUUUUAACGUGACCAAUUAGCUAUAAGUUGCUACUAGAGAUAUCACUCACUUCAUUUUUCCAAAAUAUCAAUAGGUGUAUAUAAAAAUAUACUCUUUGAGGAACAUCGUUCUAUAAUUGUCUACGCUAUGUGAUUGCUAACUAACCGAACAUUUAUAAUAAUAUAAUAAUCCAGGUGCUAGACUAUGUCAUCAUUUUUCAGUAUGAAAAACUAAAUUCCUCACACAUUCUGAAUGAAAUUAAUGAAACUGACAUUGAGUUACUUAGUCGACAGAAAGAUACUGAAACUGACUAAUUAUCUCGGUAGUUGAAUAGUGAAUCAGUCAAUCUACAACUUUUUAUAUAUACAGAAACAUCAGUGAGACACUUUUGGGACUCAUAUUCAUUUAGCGAUAGAAAAAUCAAACGUUAAUUGCAGUCUAUAAUUCAUAAAAUAAGAUUAUGGUCAUAAAAAGUGAGUAACGAUUUGAUGAACAAUUACCUGGAUUCUACUUAUAGAUACUACUUUUUCGUAUCAAUCUAUAAUUUUCUUGUGACUAGUUAUAAUGUAUAAUGGAGAAAGAAACCAAAUUUAUAAUUGUGAAAUACAGGAUCAUAUUUAGUGGUUUUAUUAAGCCUUGACUGUAGGAAAAUCUUAAACGAUAUAUAUAACUUGCUUACGCCUGUUAUCCCUCAUGAAGGAGCAUAAGCCACCACCAGCAUUCUCCAUCAAACUCUGUCCUG